AUUGAAAAAAAAAAAUGAGAGAGAGAGAGAGAGAGAGAGAGAGAACAAAGACAAAAGGUUCUCAAAACUCUAUGAUUAUUCAAAUUAAAUUCUCUCAAAAACCAAGAGCGCAAGCAAUGACUAGUGUUUCUGUUUCCUUCAUUUAGCUAUAUACUUAACACCAAUAAGAUCUCUCAUCAGGAAGUUUGUACGAGAGAGAGAAAGCAAGAAAGAAAGGGAAAGUGAAAGGGAAAAUUUCUUUGUUUGAAUCUGUGUUUGUUUGCAGAAGAAGAAGAAGGAAAGGGAGCUAGUAGGUAGAGAUGAAUAGAGGUGUUGUUCAGAGCUCACCGGUGCAACAAAUGAUAGCCGGGAACCCUAAUUGGUGGAACAUCAAUCAUAAUAUGAGGCCUCCUAUUUCUCAUCAACAACCACCUUCUUCUUCUCCUUUCUUCUUUUCUCCUUCUUCCAAUAACUUCCUCUCUCCACAUCCUCCUUCAUCUCCUCUUCCCUUUCCUUCUAAUUGGCAUGCAAAUCAAGAUCAGCUUCCUGAGUCCUGGAGCCAACUUCUCAUGGGUGAAGAAGAUAAGAAACUGGGAAACUGGGAGGAGCAAGUGCUGAUGAGUCAGGCACAAAAUGUUGCUCUUGUGGAUGUGAAGCAAGAGAGCUCAUCGGUGAAUAGUUAUGUGUAUGGAGGAGGACAUGGCGGCGGUUCUGGCGGCAGCGGCAAUAACAGUAACGAAGAGUUUCAGGCGGCUUCCGGUGGCCGAGGUGGCGCUGCUAAUUGGUCUCAUCAUCAUCAAAUAGUGCCUCCUCCUCAUCCUCCAGCUGCUUCUUCUUCUUCACCAAAAUCCUGUGUCACAACUUUCAGCAGCAACAUGCUGGAUUUCUCUAGCAGUAAGACAGAUGCUAGGCAUCCUCCUCCAGAUCGAUCUUCUGAGUAUAACAGCAAUGGAGGUGGUGGGGCAGUGAAGAAAGCUAGGGUUCAACCAUCUACGACACAGUCUUCUACCUUCAAGGUUAGAAAGGAGAAAUUAGGUGACAGAAUUACUGCCCUUCAUCAGUUAGUUUCCCCCUUUGGAAAGACUGAUACAGCGUCUGUCUUGUUAGAAGCAAUAGGAUACAUCAGAUUCCUCCAGAGUCAAAUUGAGGCCCUUAGCUUACCAUACUUGGGCACCACUGGAUCAUCAUCAUCAAACAUGAGGCAGCAACACUCUGUUCAAGGAGAGAAGAAUUGUAUAUUCCCUGAAGACUCUGGUCAGGAAUUACAGGAGGAAGCAAAGAAGGACCUGAAGAGCAGAGGGUUGUGUUUGGUUCCAGUGUCAUGCACACUUCAAGUUGGGAGUGAUAAUGGAGCUGAUUACUGGGCUCCAGCUCUUGGAGGAGGCUUUCGAUGAAUUAUAUAUUAAUCCUAAUUAAUUAAUUAAUGGGGUUGAUUGAAGCACACAAUUACGAGAGAUUAUUAUCAAUUAAAUAUAUAAACAUAUUCAUGGAUAUGGUAUAAUAUCAUGAGCAGUCAAUCUGCUAAAAAUUUCAAGGCUGAUUGCUCAUGAUGAUAUACACCAUUCCUGGAUAAAAUAUAUUACAAUUAAUAAUUAAUGUAAUAUAUGUAUGUGUGCUUUCACAAGUAUUUUUAGGUAGCCCCAUGUUAAUUAAUUAUUAUUAAUUACUCAAGACUACUACUUACUCCUUGUUCAUGCAGAGAUCUGAUCUCAGGCUCUUUAUUUCUUGUUGUAUGUUGUUGUUAUUAAUAUAUUAGGUUUAUUGAUUAGUUAAUUGAGAUCUAUGGUGGUGCAUUGUUAAUUAAGUUUCAUAAUUAUUAUUGCAUAUGGGAAAAAGAUUUAGGUUAA